CUCUGAAAGCCUUUGUUAAAAAGAUUUUGUUUUGUGUGAAUUUUCAGGCAGCUUGGCUUGAUCUUAAUGUGAAUAAACAGGCAUCUUAAGCUUUUCUUCCUGGUACGUGAGGGGAAAAGAAGUGAGCAAUGGACACUUCUUACUUUAAUAUUCACGUGUUCACACCGUUGACUUGAUUCUUUGCACCAAAUCGUUGGCUUCAUAUUAUAAUCCUGGACCACCACACCCUAAGGCUCUAAAGACUGGCAACUUGUUUUUUUUAUCAACGAGUUUUGUUCUUUCUGCUGUCGGAUUUUAAAUUAGUUCAAGGUUCAAAGACCACGCUGCUUUGAAUGAUUCCAACUUGACCUUUACAAUAUUAAGGCUCAUUACGUUCUGGGGAUUUCUCACAAGAUUGAUUACAGAAGAAGGAAAACACUUCAAGCUUCCAUGGAACAUGUUAGCUUUUUCUUUUUUGCUUGGUUCCUAACAUUUGUACCAUCUAUUGCCUUAGCUGAGAAGGAUGUCUAUCAGUUUUCUCCAGUUUUCAACUGUGUACCUGGUGGAGGAAACUUCACGGCCAACAGUGCUUUCGCCGACAAUCUCUACGGCCUUGUCUCCUCUCUCUCUUCACUCAAACCUGAAGCUUAUGGCUUCUACAACCUUUCUUCUGGAGACUCAUCUGGAGAAAGAGCUUAUGCAAUUGGUAUGUGUAGAAGAGAAGUCACAAGAGAUGAUUGUCUCAGAUGUAUUCAGAAUGCUGGAAGAAACCUCGCUGAGCAGUGUCCGUGGAGAAAACAACCUGUUGUGUGGUACACGCACUGUAUGUUUCGUUACUCGAAUAGGACACUCUAUGGAAGAAAAGAGACAGCUCCGGCUAAGAUCUUUAUUGCGGGUAGAAACAUAUCAUUAUCAGCAAACAAAGAUGAGUUUGAUCGUCUGCAGCUAGAACUGAUGGACAAACUCAAAGGGAUUGCGGCAGCUGGUGGACCGAAUAGAAAAUACGCUCAAGGGAGCGGUCCGGGCGUGGCGGGAUACCCAAAAUUCUAUGGAAGUGCGCAUUGUACGCCAGAUUUGUCUGAGCAGGAUUGUAAUGAUUGUCUACUUUUUGGGUUUGAGAAUAUCCCACGCUGUUGUGAUGGUCAGAUUGGUCUUCGGUGGCUUGCUCCUAGUUGUAGCUUCAGGUUUGAGACUGGGAGAUUCUAUGAGUUUGAUGCCGAUCUAGAGCCUGAUCCACCUGCUGCAUCAGCUGCAAGAACUGGAAAGAGCAGAGGUGGAUCUAAAGUCUUUAUCGUGAUAGUCAUCGCGAUAGUUCUUGUUGCGUUAUUUGCAAUGUCCCUAUGCUUGGUCUUGAAGUGGAAGAAGAACAAGUCUGUAGGUAGAGUCAAAGAGAAUGAGUUCUCAGAUUCACUGCUGGUUAACUUCGAAACUUUAAAGGAAGCAACAGAUAACUUUUCACCAGAAAACGAACUUGGACGUGGUGGAUUUGGCUCAGUUUAUAAGGGUGUGUUCUCGGGUGGGCAAGAAAUCGCGGUGAAAAGAUUAUCGUGUACUUCAGGACAAGGAGAUGUUGAAUUCAAAAACGAAAUUUUACUACUUGCAAAGCUUCAACAUAGGAAUUUGGUGAGGCUUUUGGGUUUCUGCAUAGAAGGACAAGAAAGAAUCCUUGUCUAUGAGUUCAUCAAGAACGCUAGUCUUGACAAUUUCAUUUUCGAUGUUGAGAAGCGCCAUCUUUUGGAUUGGAGAUUGCGAUACAAAAUGAUAGGAGGAGUAGCAAGAGGACUUCUUUACCUUCAUGAAGACUCUCGUUAUCGGAUUAUUCACCGUGAUCUUAAAGCUAGCAACAUUCUUUUGGACCAAGAAAUGAAUCCGAAGAUUGCAGAUUUUGGAUUAGCUAAACUCUUUGACACAGACCAAACUUCGACAAAUCGAUUCACAAGCAGAAUUGCAGGAACUUACGGGUAUAUGGCUCCAGAAUACGCGCUGCAUGGACAACUCUCGGUGAAAACAGACGUUUUCAGCUACGGUGUACUACUCAUUGAGAUCAUUACGGGUAAGAGAAACAGCAACGGUCUAUCUAAUGAUGAUGUGGAUAGAGAAAAUCUCCUUAGUUGGGUCUGGAGAAGCUGGAAAGAAGACACUAUACUAAGGGUGAUCGAUCCGAGUUUAACCACGGGAUCAAGAAACGAGAUCUUGAAAUGCAUACACAUUGGUCUUUUAUGUGUUCAAGAAAGUUCAGCGACUAGACCAACAAUGGAUUCGGUUGCUCUUAUGCUCAAUAGCGAUUCUUAUACGCUCCCAACACCUUCCAGGCCUGCCUUUGUGUUAGAGAGUGACAUGCUCAAGAAUGUUUCUUCUUCUACAGAACCGUUACUAAUGUCGUCGAAUGAUGAUGUCACUAUUUCUGUAUUAUCUCCUCGUAAAAUGAGAAACUUUCACAAAACCUUCUAUUUCUUCUUCUUCUUCUUCCUCUAUGAAUCUUCUAAGGCUGCAGAUACAAUCAGAAGGGGAGAAUCUUUAAGAGACGGUGUCAAUCACAAACCUUUAGUUUCUCCACUGAAGACAUUCGAACUCGGAUUCUUCAGUCCCGGAGCUUCCACGUCUCGCUAUCUAGGGAUCUGGUAUGGGAACAUCGAGGACAAAGCUGUGGUAUGGGUAGCAAACAGAGAAACUCCUAUUUCAGACCAAUCUGGAGUUCUUACCAUAAGCAACGACGGGAAUCUCGUGUUAUUAGAUGGCAAAAACAUUACAGUCUGGUCGUCAAACAUCGAAUCAAGCAACAACAACAACAACAACAACAGAAUCGUUUCUAUUCAAGAUACAGGGAACUUUGUUUUGUCUGAAACCGACACAGACAGAGUUGUUUGGGAGAGUUUCAAUCACCCAACUGAUACUUUUUUACCUCAGAUGAGAGUUCGUGUGAAUUCUCGAACCGGAGACAAUCCUGUUUUUUACUCUUGGAGAUCUGAGACCGAUCCUUCUCCUGGUAAUUACUCAUUAGGUGUUGAUCCUUCUGGAGCACCAGAGAUUGUGCUUUGGGAAAGGAACAAGACGAGGAAAUGGAGAAGCGGGCAAUGGAACUCUGCUAUUUUUACUGGGAUUCAGAAUAUGUCUCUGUUGACGAAUUAUCUAUAUGGGUUUAAGCUUUCGUCUCCACCAGAUGAAACAGGUAGCGUGUACUUCACGUAUGUUCCAUCGGAUCCAUCUAUGUUACUUAGGUUCAAGGUUCUUUAUAAUGGCACUGAAGAGGAGUUGAGAUGGAGUGAGACUUUGAAGAAAUGGACUAAGUUUCAGUCAGAGCCAGAUACUGAGUGUGAUCAGUACAAUCGUUGUGGGAAUUUUGGUGUUUGUGAUAUGAAGGGCCCUAAUGGAAUCUGUAGCUGUGUUCAUGGUUAUGAGCCAGUUUCUGUAGGGAACUGGAGCAGAGGUUGUAGAAGAAGAACGCCGUUGAAGUGUGAGAGGAACAUUAGUGUUGGAGAUGAUCAGUUCUUGACUCUGAAAUCUGUGAAGCUUCCUGAUUUUGAGAUUCCUGAACAUGAUCUUGUUGAUCCCUCGGAUUGCAGAGAGAGAUGUCUGAAGAAUUGUUCUUGCAAUGCUUAUACUGUUAUUGGUGGUAUUGGAUGCAUGAUAUGGAACCAAGAUUUAGUCGAUGUGCAGCAGUUUGAAGCUGGUGGAUCCUUGCUUCAUAUCCGUGUUGCUGAUUCCGAAAUAGGGGAGAAAAAGAAAUCCAAGAUCGCGGUGAUUAUCGCAGUUGUUGUUGGUGUGGUUUUGUUAGGAAUCUUUGCUCUGCUUCUAUGGAGAUUCAAGAGAAAGAAAGAUGUUUCAGGAGCAUAUUGUGGUAAGAACACAGAUACAUCGGUUGUUGUCGCUCAGACGAUCAAGAGCAAAGAAACCACUUCGGCGUUUUCUGGAUCUGUUGACAUAAUGAUUGAAGGAAAAGCUGUUAACACAUCAGAGUUACCUGUCUUUAGUUUGAAUGCUAUAGCCAAAGCUACUAAUGACUUCCGCAAAGAGAAUGAGCUUGGAAGAGGCGGAUUCGGACCAGUCUACAAGGGUGUUCUUGAAGAUGGGCGUGAGAUAGCUGUGAAGAGAUUGUCUGGUAAAUCUGGACAAGGAGUUGAUGAAUUCAAGAAUGAGAUCAUUCUCAUAGCGAAGCUUCAACAUCGGAAUCUUGUGAGAUUACUUGGAUGUUGCUUUGAGGGUGAAGAGAAAAUGCUUGUUUAUGAGUAUAUGCCUAACAAGAGCUUAGACUUCUUUCUCUUUGAUGAAACGAAACAAGAGUUGAUAGACUGGCAACUGCGGUUUUCGAUCAUUGAAGGGAUUGCGAGAGGGUUGCUUUAUCUUCAUAGAGACUCAAGAUUGAGAAUCAUUCAUAGAGAUUUGAAGGUUAGCAAUGUGUUGUUAGAUGCAGAGAUGAAUCCAAAGAUCUCAGAUUUUGGUAUGGCAAGGAUCUUUGGUGGUAACCAAAAUGAAGCUAACACUGUUCGGGUAGUUGGAACUUAUGGAUACAUGUCUCCAGAAUAUGCGAUGGAAGGACUUUUCUCGGUAAAAUCCGAUGUUUACAGCUUCGGUGUCUUGCUGCUUGAGAUAGUAAGUGGGAAGAGGAACACAAGUCUUCGAUCUUCUGAACAUGGAAGCCUCAUUGGUUAUGCUUGGUAUUUGUAUACUCAUGGGAGAUCAGAGGAGCUUGUGGAUCCGAAGAUUAGGGCCACUUGUAAUAAACGUGAGGCCUUGAGGUGCAUACAUGUGGCGAUGCUUUGUGUUCAAGAUUCAGCUACGGAGAGACCAAACAUGGCUGCAGUUUUGCUCAUGUUAGAGAGUGACACUGCGACGCUCGCAGUGCCAAGACAGCCAACGUUUACUUCCACCAGAAGAAACUCCAUUGAUGUCAACUUUGCUCUUGAUUCGAGCCAACAAUACAUAGUUUCUUCUAAUGAGAUCACUUCCACAGUUGUUCUUGGACGAUAAGAUUCUUUUUUUUCCUUGUAAAGUUCUUUAUUAUUAUUGUGAAAACGUAUUAUUUUUUUCUUGGUUAAUUAGGAUAAUAGAGUUUAAUUGUUUAUUGAAAUCAUGUUGAUAAAGUGAAAA